AAAUGAAGAUGAUUCAGAGGAUCCGACUAUGGACGAUUUCAGAAACCUCUUGAAUGAUAACAAUGAGCUGAUUGAAGAAAGUCAAGUGCCGUUUACGCCAACACCGCAAAGCACUCGAGAUUCAGCUUCUGUCCAACCUCAAGCUCAAUGUUCUUCCUCAUCACUCAAACGCUCAAGAUCCCAAACACCCUGGGACCCACUGAGUCAAUCAUCCUUCAGCAAGCGUGGCCGAACUUCUGGUUCGGCUUCGUCGAUCCAGGGUCUAUUUGAAGACCACAACUUUGAUUCUUCGUCUGCUCAAGCCGUCAAAUUGACGGAAUCGAUUGAACACACUGCUUUUGCCAAGCAUGGUCAAAGCAUGGAAAGGUUGGCCAAAGUCGCGGAAAAAAUGGGUACCUCAAUUUAUGGACAACAACCGACUCAAACCAUCUUUACUCCGGAAGAAGUCAAAAAAAAAUCUAAAAUAGAACUUGAUUUAGCCAAUCUCAACUUAAGUAGUGCCAAAUUUGAUUUAGAUUCAAAGAAGGAGAAGCAUUUGCUGGAGAUGCAACAAAUGAAAGCGGAAUUAGAACAUCAACAAGUAGCUAAAAACGCUCAAUUGAUCAGCUCUUUGAUGAAAGAUCACAAUCUCAGCCUCCAAGAUGCAAUGCUCGCAGCUCAACAAGCGCAAGCUAUGAUGCAAUCAACUGCCAGUUCAAGUGAAUGAUCACCGGAUUGCUAAAUUCAUAAUUCCACUGUAAAAGUCCUGAUUGUUGUUUAUU